AUGAGCCAUUAUCUAUCCCAAAAGGAUGAUUUUGAUAUAAUCGACCACAUUUACAGACUUGGUCAAGAUGCUGAGAAGCAAAGAUUCAAGGAAUAUGUCUCGGCGACGAGAAUGCAAAAAUGGUGGCGCGGACGCGCAGCCCGACUGAAAAUCAAAAACGUGGUCGAGGCUGCGUCUACUGUCAGCCGAUUUCUGGGCACAAUCAAAGCGAAAAAGAUUCUGAUGCGAUGUAUAAAAAAGACAGUUCUGGAAGAUCAGCGAAAAUACUUUGACAGCAAGAUUGUUAAAUUUCAAGCUUUAUGGCGAGGAUACGCGAGUCGGAAGAACAUAUUCUGGUAUUAUCAGUGGAAACGUGACCUUGCGAAUCUUGAAGUCAUGAACGAAAUCACCUUGCGAAAUCUGGAGCAGUAUCAAAUCCGUAAAAAGCUUGAUGAACUCGAAGAAAAUGAACAAAAAAGAGUCGAAAAACGUGAAUCCGCCAAAAAGCGAUCUAACUACGAGCCUAUCAAUUAUCUCACGUGUUCUUCGACAAAAAUAGUAGACACCAGCAAUGUUAUUCACAAGAAAAAGCGCUGCGAAAUUAUCCCUACCUGCAUGAUAAACGUAUUCGAGGAGAAAGAAAAGAAACCGCCCGUUCAACUGAAACCGAUAAAAGCACGUGGUAGACCAAAAGGGCCAUUUAGAAGUGAGGAAGCCGUCACAAUGCAGAAGACACGAGCACCCAGUCCGACUUUGAGAGUAGCAACACCCUUUGACCUUCAGGAUGAAAGCAAACGAUUCGAAAAGAAAAUUAAAUGGAUAAACAGAAUUCAAGAUCCGAUGAAAUUCGCAACAAUGUCAAAAGCAUCAUAUGAACGAACUCUGUGGGGCCUAACGCCGUACAAUCCACGUGACCUGACAAGCUGCAAUUUACGCGAGGAAUACGAAGACCCCUUCCGACCAAAGUUCAGAUCCCAAGUUCCUAACAUACCGAUCUUUGACCGACUGGGUCGAUCCUAUGAUGAAAGAUAA